AUGUCGGCUCGCGUGCGGGUGGCCUCGGGCGUGGCGGCGCUGGCCAACUGCCUGACAGCUGGAGCACCGUUCACGUUCCCGCUGUGGGCGCCGACGCUCGAGCGGACGCUGCACUUGUCGUCUUCGCAGCUCAACAUCGUCGCCUCGGCCGCCAUCCUCGGAGAGUACGCCAGCGCCGCAGGAUUCGGCGCACUGGCGGACCGACGAGGACCAGGAGCGGUCUCGUUCGCUGCGGCGGUCCUGUUUGGCGUCGGCUUUGGAGGACUUGCAUGGAGGUACCAGCGCGGCGCGGACUGGAACGGAGCGGGAGGACAGCCGUGGGAGUACGAGUGGGCGGCGCUCUCGCUCGCAUGGUUCAUCUGCGGCUGCGCCACGGCGGCGAGCUACUUUGGCGCCAUCACGUCGCUCACCAAGUCGGCGCCGUCGAGCCACUCGGGCCUCGCGAUUGGCGUUCCUUGCGCCGUCUUCGGCCUCUCGCCCCUCUUCCUUUCAGCCAUCGCCUCGUUUUUCACGACGCACACCGCAACAGGCGAGACGCUCGAUGUUGCCAAAUACCUCAGCUUCCUCGGCGCGCUACUGCUCGCGGUCAACUUCAUCGGCGGCUCUCUCAUCAAGGAGUUGCCGUGGGAGGACAACCUCGACAAGGUGAUUGUCGACGCCAUCGAGCCUUUCGACGACGAGGCGCGUGUCGACGAGCCAGACUCGGGCUUUGCGACGUCUCCGCCCCGCUCCAUCACCGACGAGGCGAAUGAGCGCACUUCGCUCCUCGGCAAGCCCGCUCCCGCCCUCGAAGCGUCGAGUGGCAGCCAGCCCUUCACCGCCGUUCUCGCUUCGCCAUGCUUUUGGCUGCUCGGAGGCGUCGUCUUCCUGUCAACCGGGCCAGCAGAAAUGUACAUGGCGUCGGUCGGCCAGAUCCUCGACACCCUCGUCUCGAACAGCGUCGCGGCAGGCGCAACGACGCAGAGCGCACUCACGCUCGCCAAGCGCCACAUCGCACUCCUCUCGGUCACCAAUACAGCCUGGCGCCUCAUCGUCGGCGCAGCUUCCGACUACCUCGCUGCGCCCUCCGACAAGCAGGCGCCGGUCUCCGUCUGGCGACGCCACGUCCGCCUCAUACUUGUCGGCGCAGCCUGCGCGCUCCUUGCAGCGACGUACGGCUGGGGCGGAACCGGCCUCUCGACCCCGAGCGGUCUCUGGAUCAUCACCCUUCUGACGGCCUGCUCUUACGGCACCGUCUUCACCCUCACACCGACCCUGAUCCGCUCGCGCUGGGCUGUCGUCGACUUUGGCCGCAACUGGGGCGCGGCGACGCUCUUCUCGGCCGCAGGAGCGCUCCUCUUCACUCCGCUCUCUGGCGUCCUCCGCGACUUGGCGUCUCGCAAGGACGGCGACGGACCGCGUUGCGUCGGCCCGCGGUGCUACAGGCCCAUCUUUGCGCUGUCAGCGGUGAGUGCGCUCCUGGCGACUGCGCUUGUGGCGGUCCUCGCGAGGAGGUGGAAGAAGAGGUUGUAA